AUGGCGCCAAUAGCCCUUGAUGACGUGGAAACCCCCACAGUACCUCUAGGAAAAUCAGCUUACCAAGAUGUCACGCAAAUAUCACAGCUUCCACGUGAUGCACAUAAAGUAGCAAGCUACAGAGGCUAUGAUCACGUCCAUUGGUAUGUUGGCAAUGCGAAGCAAGCUGCAGCCUUCUAUGUUUCCAGAAUGGGGUUCCAAAGAGUAGCAUACCGAGGUCUGGAGACAGGUUCAAGGGUGAUCGCCUCUCACGUUGUUCGAAACGGAGAUGUAACCUUUGUUCUCACUUCGCCGCUUCAGAGCCCCGACAGCAAGGCUGCACUUUCCCAAGAAGACAGACGACUCCUAAAAGAGAUUCAUGACCACCUCAGGACUCAUGGAGAUGCAGUGGUUGAUGUGGCGUUCGAGGUCGACGAUGUUGGUGCAGUUUAUGAUGCCGCGGUAGCGAAGGGGGCCGUAAAGGUUUUCGGACCCACGACAACGAGCGAUGAUUAUGGUACCACAACGUACGCUAAACUUCGAACGUAUGGAGAUACCACGCAUACACUCAUUGCGCGUGGGCAAUAUUCAGGCGCUUUUCUCCCUGGAUACCGCGCCGUGACCGAGCCUGAAAGAACCGCCAAAUAUCUCCCUGAAGUGAACUUGAUGGCUAUCGACCAUUGUGUUGGGAACCAAGACUGGAAUGAAAUGGAGGCCGCCUGUGACUACUAUGAGAAAACACUAGGCUUUCACAGAUUCUGGUCGGUCGAUGAUAAAGAUAUCUGCACGGAUUACUCCGCCCUGAAAUCGGUCGUCAUGGCUAGCCCUGACGAGAAGAUCAAGAUGCCCAUUAACGAACCUGCAAAAGGAAUCAGGAAGUCCCAAAUAGAAGAGUAUGUUGACUUCUACAACGGAGCUGGAGUUCAACAUAUCGCCUUACGGACGGAUGAUAUUAUAACGGCUGUCACGAACCUGAAGGAACGAGGUAUUGAGUUUAUCUCCGUACCAGACACCUACUAUGAGUCGAUGACAAAAAGGUUGCAGAGCGCGGGCAUGACUCUGGAUGAGGAUUUUUCUGCGCUACAGAAGUUGGGCAUUCUCAUCGACUUUGACGAGGGAGGGUACUUGUUGCAACUGUUCACAAAACACCUUAUGGACAGACCAACAGUGUUCAUCGAGAUUAUUCAAAGGAAUAAUUUCUCGGGAUUUGGAGCUGGUAACUUCAAAGCCUUGUUUGAGGCGAUCGAGCGAGAGCAGAUGGCCAGGGGCAACCUAUGA